GUGCGUCGCCGUUUGCCCACGCUCUGAUUUAUUCAACGGAAAAAAUGUUUCUUUCUAUCUUUCAAAAUAUUCUUUUUAUGCUUUUAUAUGUGUGAUUGUAUUUGUGGGUCUCUCUCUGACUCUCUCUGUCCCUUUCUGUCUCGUUCUGUUUUUAUCUCGCUCACUCAUUUUUUCAUCCGCUUUCUCUAUCUCUCUUUUCUUUAAAAAAAAGUAUGAGAGUUCCUGCCAAUACAACGUCGGUGUCUAAGAAUACGCAUUACUCGUAACAUUUAGCCACGGGAACGCGUUCCACACGAUGUAGAACUUUCUGGAUAAAUCUUCCUGUGUCAGAGAGAAAGAGAGAGAGAGAGGGAGGAAGAGAAAGGGUGGGAGGACAAGAGAGAGAGAGAGAGAGAGAGAGAGAGAGAGAGAGAGAGAAAGAAAGCUUCUUAUCAUCAAAAAAUGAAAAAAACAUACUGUCUUAUCCCGUGAUUCUUUUUAUUGGCUGGUAAAAGAGAAGCCAUCGUUGAGGAUUAUUUCGCGAGAGAGCAAGAAACCAAGUAGAAAAAAAAGAAAAAUAGAAGGAAAGAAAUACAAAAGUAUGAGGAAGGACAAGAAAAAAGUAGAAGGAAAAGAUCUUAUCGUGAGAGAAAAAGAAAGAGAGAGAGAGACAGAGAUAGAGAAAGAAUACUUUCCAGUACGCUUUGGAAGAGUAACGAAGUAAAUAUGGCAUGGCGCUUUAAGCGUCAAGUAAGCCGUGUAAAACGUGUAAGUAAGAGGGAAAGAGAAAGAGAGAGGAAGACCAACCACUGGCAACGUGGGUCCUGUAAUUUGUCUUUCGACGAGUCUGCUCUUUGGACGUCGUCGUGAUGUGGUAGGAAAAAAGAACGACCGAGCAAGAUUUUCGAGAAGCUUACAAAUUAUAAUAUUUGACCGUGACACACGGGUCUUAUCGUCGUAUGGCUAUUUUUGGAAAGAUAAACGUGUUAUAACGAAGUUUCUCAUCCGAAAAGUGCAAUAUUAUGGGCAAUUGCCUUAGACCGAGGGAUCCCUUAGAGGAUGUUCUUCCGAAAGAGACCGGAAUCGAUGCAUCGGCUGUUAGAGAGGCUAAUUUACCAAUGAUAUGUCUGAUCGGUGGACCAGGUUCAGGAAAGACUACGCAAUCGAAAAAAGUGUCAGAAAAAUUUCACUGGCUAAUUAUAUCAAGUUCUGAAAUACUUCGCGACGAGGUUCACACGAGAUCAGUAAAAGGAGUCGUUUUAGCGAGAUAUAUGUCUCAAGGUCGAUUAGUACCAGCCGACGUUUUAAUAGAACUAAUUAAAACGAAAAUGCUAAAGCAUCUUAACACAGCAAAAGGAUUCUUUCUAACAGGAUUCCCGCGUGAAAAGGAACAGGGAAAAAUGUUUGAAAGACAGGUGAAACCAUUCGAUCUGUUGAUCUAUUUAUCAGCGAGGAAUUCAGUACUACGUGACAGAGCAAUGGCUAAGGCAGUAACGAUGACUGAAAGACUCGAAGAGAGCGAGGAGAAGCUUAAAGAACGCAUAAGAAUUUUUCACAAGAUGAAUAAACCCAUAUUACGUCAUUACAAGAAAAAACUCGUUGUGAUAAAUGCCGAGAAUGAUGAUGAAAACGUAUUCGCAGACAUAUGUCGAGAGAUGGAGAAUAUCUUAAAAAAAAUAUCAGCACAAACGUCAUCGUGAAUCGCUAUUUCGUAUUACCUCGUAAUUGUUAUGUUGUGUAUAGUUUUUCCGAAAAACAAAAGAAAGUAUUAUAUAAAAUUUGAAGAACAAAAAAGAAAAGAAAAAGAAAAAGAAAAAAAAAAGAGAAAGAGAGAGAGAGAGAGAGAAUAAGUAGAUUUCGAAGGACGAUCGGCUAUCGAAAUUAUAGGCAACAUUUUUCUUCGCUGGUAUAUUAUAGAAGGAACAUAA